AGGAACGCGCUCAGGGGUGUUUUGGAACCGCGCGCGUCUGGAGCGGACACGACACGUUUGACUGACGGCUGGAGGAGAAGCGCACUGUCCGUGUUUCUGAUUCCUUUUUCUCUUUCCACCGGAUAUAUAUAUUUACCUGUCCAUCGUCAUGGCCGUGACCGAAGCGGGAUGCGAUCUAACUUACUGCAAGAUGAGGGGGAUCGUAACCGUCCUCGCCGCUUUCAUCAAGGAGAGAAAAAUGGGGCUGAACGACUUCAUCCAGAAGCUGGUGUCCACCCCACAUAUCUGCCAGCAUGUGGAAGUGAACACUCUCAUGAAGAUUGAUGAGAAUCAAAAUGAAGAGAUGGAAAAGGAACUUCUUGAAAAUCCUAUGUGCCUCAAUUCCCGAAGUUCACUGGCUGAGGAAACUCAGAUCAAACCCUGUGAUUUUGACUACCUCAAAAUCAUCGGUAAAGGCAGCUUCGGCAAGGUUCUGCUGGCUCGACACAAAGAGUCCUGCGAAUACUACGCCGUCAAAGUUCUGCAGAAGAAGAUCAUCAUGAAGAAGAAAGAGCAAAAGCAUAUCAUGGCUGAGCGCAGCGUGCUGAUGAAGAACAUCAAACACCCCUUCCUGGUGGGACUGCACUACUCCUUCCAGACGAAUGACAAACUCUACUUUGUGCUGGACUAUGUCAACGGUGGAGAGCUGUUCUACCACCUCCAGAGGGAGAGGGUCUUCCUAGAGCCCAGAGCCAGGUUUUACGCGGCUGAAAUCGCAAGUGCGCUGGGCUACCUCCACUCCCUGCACAUAGUGUACAGGGACCUGAAGCCGGAGAACAUCCUGUUGGACUCGCAGGGCCACAUUGUGCUGACAGACUUUGGUCUCUGCAAGGAAGGCGUCGAGGCAAAUGGUACCACGACGACCUUCUGCGGGACGCCAGAGUACUUGGCCCCCGAGGUUCUCCAGAAGCGGGCGUACGACCGCACCGUCGACUGGUGGUGCCUGGGAUCGGUGCUCUACGAGAUGCUCUACGGACUUCCUCCAUUCUACAGUCGCAACACGGCGGAGAUGUACAACAACAUCCUGCACAAGGCGCCUGUGCUCAAGCCCAACGUGUCCAACGCAGGCCGGGAACUGCUUGAGGGGCUCCUGCAGAAGGACUGCACCAAGAGGCUGGGAGUCAAGGAUGAUUUUCUUGAGCUCAAGUUCCAUUCCUUCUUUUCUCCAAUCAACUGGGACGACCUGAUGGCCAAGAAGAUCAUCCCUCCUUUUAUCCCCUCAGUGUCUGGUCCCACAGACCUGCGACACUUUGACCCAGAGUUCACCCACAUGCCCGUGUCCUCCUCCCUGUGCAACGACACCCUGGCUGUGACGAGCAGCAUCAGGGAAGCAGCCGGAGCCUUCCCGGGUUUCUCCUACGGGCCUCCAGCGGACCUCUCCUUCAUGUGAACGGCUAAACCUCUGCACACCUGUCAAGAAGAGUGGAAGAGACACAGGACUCUGGAUUGAGAGCCUGACAUUGGCAGCAGGGCCACACACUGACAGAGGGGACGCUGCAACUAGGGCCUGAUAAAUGGAUUUAACUGAUCGUGAACCACGAGGGGCAGGACAUGAGGGGUCUUGUGCAGGACUUCUGAUGGGGACUCAUGUUUUUACACCACCAGCCCAUCUCCUCUGCCUCAAGCACCCACAUCCACAAUACAUGUGUGCCAAGAAUGGAUGCACACUGAGGUCGUGAAACAUCUCGCUCUCGUGGUUCUGGACCUCACAGAUACUGGUGAGGUGAAGUGAGGAGAAGUGCCUGAGGUUCACAAGGCAGUCUGGAUGAUGGCGGCAGUGGUAGCGGAGGCUUUGGCCAGGAAGAGCCAGCUUUAUCAAAACCCACACAACCAUUUCAUUGGUUUGGACUCUGUUCGCCCGGGGGCGAUGGCCGUAUCAGGGUGAUGCCUUCAUUACAUUACAUGUCGAAAUAACGUCUUUUAAUUUCAUAAUGCAUUGAUAUUUUUUCAUGUGAAUGCUCUAUUGCACUUGAGGAAACAAGGGUCGGGAAAAGUGAAACCUUCUGCUUAAAAAGCUUCAGCAAACUUCAGCUGCAUAUCUCUCCACUUUGAGUUUCAUCUCUCUACAGAGGAAUUGUGGCAUUUCAAUAUUGCACAUAAGUAAUGAUAGUUGGACCAAACUGUAAACUAGGAUAUACUUCAUCAUUUGACGACACUUCCUUUUGACCUGCUUGUCCUCAUAAAACCGAAGAUCAAAGUUUAACUGUACUGUGUAGAAGAAAAAGUUACUUAUAUUUUAUUACAAAACCAAAAUGGUUUUCCAUGUUUUGAAUAACCACAAACAUUCACUCUCUACUUUUAAUAAAAUCGUAUAUUGUAAUUUAAUUAUAAAUGUUUCCUAGUAUAAAUACAUAUAUAAAACAAAUGAUUAAAUUAAAUCCUAUUUCCUGUAGGCAGUUUUUUUUCCACUCACUCAUCCACAACUAGUGACUGUGUUAAUCCAUAUCUACUGUUCACACCCAUAAUCUCAUUGAUUCAUAUGUUCAACCAGCAAUAACAGGCCCACAUCAAUGAUAGCACACACUGUAUAUCAAUCGUAUUUGAAGUUACUGAUUCAAGUGAUUGCUGUUUGUUUGCAAACACUCCAGAAAAUAUAAGAAAUCUACGAUUACAAAUGUUUUUUUUGUAUUUAUGCAUCGUGUAGAGAAGAAGUGUGAAUGUCUUGUGCCUGUCCAAGGCGGCCUGAUCCAUGUAUACUGUAUGCACAUAUCUCUUUACCCUGAACCUCUCGGUCCCUUUGAUAGAAAGUAAUCUGUAUUUCUUUUUUAAAGUGCUUGAUUAUUUUUACCCGAGCAGGCGCUGGCUCUCAGACAACGACCGACUCCAUAACAUGAUCUUGGAAAGUGCAAUAAAAUCUUGUUAACGCGUAAAAGAAUAAUAAUGAUUUGAUCUCUUAAAAGCAAAAGUGUGAUUUGUAAUUUAUGUUCUGACAUUUAUUAAAUUAUUAAUAGAGGAUCUUCUUCUUCCAACUGUUCAUGAUGACUUUGUUUUGACCAAUUUAAAGGUUUUUACAUACAGAAGAUGCAUUUCCAGGCCUGCUGAAGAUUAAUAAUAAAACAAUAAUAAGGCAACACACAGCUCUAGAAAACUUAUCUUCCAUAUUUGGAAGCGUUCCUUUUUUUGUUUUGUAUUUUUAAUGUGUAAUUUAUUUUCAUGCCACUGCUACUGUGUAAAAGAGUUUGAUUUACAUGAUCAACUGAAAUACUGAACUGUAAUCUGUCAGAAAUGGCAAAUAAAAUCUUUAAGGAGUUGGAAA